ACACUUACUAACUGUCCAUUUUGAUCAGACCCGCCAUUUUGAUUGGAAGCUUUCUUUGCUCCGAAAAGCAAAAUGCCGGGCGUUACCGUUAAAGAUUUAGACCAGCACGUUGUGACCAAAGUUUUGGCGUCUUUCCUGAAAAAGUCCGGAAAACUUGUGGUGCCCGUGCAGGCCGAAUUCAUCAAGACGGGAAAGUUCAAGGAGACCGCUCCCACAGAGGAUGAUUGGUUCUAUACGCGCUGCGCCUCCAUCAUGCGCCAUCUGUACAUACGCAGUCCGUCCGGAGUAGCUGCGUUUACCAAGGUGUACGGCGGGCGCAAGCGCAACGGAACUCAUCCGUCUCGCUACUGUCGCUCCGCGGAUGGGUGCAUCCGCAAGGCUCUCCAAGCUCUGGAGGCAGCUCGUAUGGUGGAAAAGCAUCCGGAGGGGGGCCGCAAACUUACCUCAAAGGGCCAACGCGAUAUGGACCGCAUAGCUAACCAGAUUGUGGUCAAGCAGCGUAGCGCCAACAAGGAGCCCUGCGUUAUAACCACUUCAACGGCUUGGGACUGACAGGAUGAAAAAGUUUUGCACCUUUCCAAAUGCUUAACAAACGAUGAGUACGAAUGCUACACAGUUUUCAAACUAACAUAAAACGAAGCGAAUACUUUCUAUGUAUUCAUUGAAUACACCUACAAAGCUCGAAAAACGACGAGCUUAUAAAAUAUACACUUAAUACGAUGGGAAGAAAAAGAAAAAACUAAUAUCAAUAGUUUUAAGCCACUCAAAUACGAUACGAUACGAUACAAAUCCAUAUUUACUAAAACAUGCACCUAAUACGAUAUGAAAUAUGUUCACUGAAACAUACGAUAUUAACGAUACGAUACGAUAUAAUUCAAUGAAAGACAAACCCACACUUAAAUUACAAUGAACACUUUGAAUAUAAUAUGAAAUACACAAACGCCCUGUGAGAGAAUACGUUAUACAUCCUUAUAUAAUAUAAAUAAAAUAAAACACUGAAAUACGCAGCAUAGAAACUAA